AGGAAGAAGAUUAGUUUCACUGCGCUCUCUUGUUUUGUUGUGAUGCUGUUUUAAUACAAACUGUUAGAAAUGUUGUUUCUAUGAAUAGAAAAAUACAGUUUUGAAUGAGGUCAAUGAAGAACUCUAAUAUUCUCAUCCUCACAGUCGUGACUAAGUUUUGAAGCAAGCAGGAAUAUCUGGAGGAGUAUCAUCUGAACUGAGAUCUGCUGCUGUGAAGAUGGUGUUUGUUAAAGAGGAGAGUGAGGAGGACACGAGUGAACCAGAAACCUGGAGAAUAAAACACGAGGAACCAGAAACCUGGAGAAUAAAACACGAGGAACCAGAAACCUGGAGAAUAAAACAGGAGGAACCAGAAACCUGGAGAAUAAAACACAAGGAACCAGACACAUGGAGAAUAAAACACGAGGAACCAGAAACCUGCAGAGUAAAACACGAGGAACCAGAAACCUGGAGAAUAAAACACGAGGAACCAGAAACCUGGAGAAUAAAACACGAGGAACCAGAAACCUGGAGAAUAAAACACGAGGAACCAGAAACCUGGAGAAUAAAACACGAGGAACCAGAAACCUGGAGAAUAAAACAAGAGGAACCAGAAACCUGGAGAAUAAAACACGAGGAACAAGGAGGCCUGAAGAAAAUGAAAGAAGAAAGACAAGAUCUGAAUGAGGUGGAGGAGAAAUAUCAGGAUCAGAAAGAUCAUGAUGUCAAUGGAGAAAAAUCAGUGAGUUGCAGCAUUCAAAUAACAGACGUCAAAAGGCCUUUCAGCUGCUCUCAGUGCAGAAAGAAUUACAAACAGAAAGGAGGCCUUAUUAAUCACAUGAGAAUUCAUAGUGAGGAAAAGCCUUUCAGCUGUUUUCAGUGCGGAAACACUUUCACUUGCAAUAAAAACCUUAAGAUCACAUGUUAA